UGCGCAGUCAGUCAGUCGCGGACAAACGCUCACAUGGCUUCUGUGUAAUGUAUACCCGCCGCUGAGAGAGAGAAGCAGAAUAAGAAAUAUAAGAAUUUCAGAUAGGCUACGCUGGGAUAAUAGGAGGCAGUUUCCUACACAUUGGAAAAUAGUCUUCUGAAAGAAAUAAAGUUGUUCUCCACCCGUGCAUGUUAAAUCGGGGAGUACAUUAGAGCCGUGAGGCGGCUAGAACUUCUGAGUCUCAAAGCAACACCAACAAGAAGGCAUGAUUGUGCGACGGAGUUCAGUAUUUUCUGCUUUCUACCUUCAUGCCUUUUUGUUAUGCUUGCCGACGAAGGUGUCUGACGCAUCGGGGCACUUCGAGCUGGAAAUAGUAUCGAUGCAGAAUGCGAACGGCGAGCUGCAGAUCGGCUCGUGCUGCGACGGCGAGAGGAGCCCGGCGGAUCGCAAAUGCACGCGGGACGAAUGUGAUACAUAUUUUAAAGUUUGUCUGAAGGAAUAUCAAUCGCGAGUUUCCGCGGCUGGGGCUUGCAGUUUCGGAACUGGAUCUACGCCCGUUCUCGGUGGGAAUAAAUUUUCGACCAAGGGUACGCGGAGUGAAAAGUCAAGGAUUGUUUUACCCUUCAGUUUUGCGUGGCCGAGGUCCUAUACGUUGAUAGUGGAGGCCUUGGACUUCAAUAACGAUACUGCCAGUGAAAGUGGAAAGCUCAUCGAGAAAGCGUACCACUCUGGCAUGAUCAACCCAAAUCGACAAUGGCAGAAACUGACCCACAACGGCCCCAUCGCUCAGUUUGAGUACCAGAUCCGGGUCACCUGCGAUGAACACUACUACGGCUUUGGCUGCAACAAGUUCUGCCGGCCACGUGACGAGUUCUUUGGACAUUACACUUGUGACCAGAAUGGCAACAAGACCUGCCUGGAAGGAUGGACGGGUCCUGACUGCAAUACAGCGAUCUGCAGACAAGGUUGCAGCACCGAACAUGGAUCUUGUAAGGAACCAGGUGGCUGCAAGUGUCUGUACGGCUGGCAGGGUCCAUACUGUGAUAAGUGCAUCCCUCACCCAGGCUGUGUACACGGAACCUGCGUUGAACCCUGGCAGUGCCUCUGUGACACUAACUGGGGUGGACAACUUUGUGACAAAGAUCUAAACUACUGUGGAACUCACCAGCCGUGUCUGAAUGGAGGAACGUGCAGCAAUACAGGGCCUGACAAAUACCAGUGCUCCUGUGAAGAUGGCUACUCUGGGGUCAACUGUGAACGAGCUGAACAUGCCUGUCUGUCCAACCCUUGUGUGAAUGGAGGGACGUGCAAAGAGACCAGUCAGGGUUACGAGUGUCACUGUGCAGUCGGCUGGAGCGGCCCAUCGUGCGAAAUCAAUGAUGAUGAUUGUACACCCAACCCAUGCAAACAUGGAGGCACCUGUCAGGAUUUGGUUAAUGGCUUCAAAUGUACCUGCCCUCCUCACUGGACUGGCAAAAUGUGCCUAAUUGAUGCCAAUGAAUGUGAGGACAAGCCAUGUGUGAAUGCCAAGUCAUGCCACAAUCUGAUUGGUGGAUAUUUCUGCGAGUGUCUCCCUGGCUGGACGGGUCAGAAUUGUAAUAUAAACAUAAAUGACUGUCAGGGUCAAUGUCUGAAUGGAGGAACUUGCAAGGAUUUGGUGAAUGGUUACCGCUGUCUUUGCCCUCCUGGCUAUUCGGGUGAACACUGUGACAAGGACGUGGACGAGUGUGCUAGCAGUCCCUGCCUAAACGGUGGCCGGUGUCAGGAUGAAGUCAAUGGAUUUCAGUGUCUGUGUCCUGCCGGCUUCUCGGGUCAGCUGUGUCAGGUGAGAGAAUGUCCUGUUUUCUUUCCUGCCUAUUUUUUUAUAUAACUAUCAGUCCAGUUGCUAAACUGGACACUUGAUGCACCAAAAAGAAAGAAAAAAAUCUCUCCCAUAAAGAUAAACUGUAUUGAUAUACGUUUAAACGUGAUUGACAGCUGCACUGUUGCUGUGGCAUCCAACAGUACGCCAGAAGGGUUGCGAUAUAUCUCCUCAAAUGUCUGUGGUCCUCACGGACGCUGCAGGAGUCAGGCCGGAGGCCAGUUUACGUGCGAGUGUCAGGAAGGAUUCAGAGGCACCUACUGCCAUGAGAAUAUAAACGACUGUGAGAGUAACCCAUGUCGCAAUGGCGGUACUUGCAUCGAUAAGGUGAACGUUUAUCAGUGCAUUUGUGCUGACGGCUGGGAAGGAGUUCACUGCGAAAUCAACAUCGAUGACUGCAGCUUGAACCCCUGCCUGAACAAGGGAGCAUGUCAAGACCUGGUGAACGAUUUCUACUGCGAAUGUAGAAAUGGCUGGAAGGGAAAAACCUGCCACUCCCGUGAUAGUCAAUGUGACGAAGCCACAUGCAAUAAUGGAGGUACAUGCCAUGAUGAAGGGGACAUCUUCAAAUGCAGGUGCUCACCUAGCUGGGAAGGAGCCACAUGUAACAUAGCCAAGAACAGCAGCUGUCUGCCCAACCCAUGUGAGAACGGAGGCACCUGUGUGGUCAACGGCGACUCCUUCACCUGCGUCUGCAAGGAAGGCUGGGAAGGAUCCACCUGCACCGAGAAUACCAACGACUGCAACCCACACCCAUGCUACAAUAGCGGGACGUGUGUGGAUGGUGAAAACUGGUACCGUUGCGAGUGCGCUCCGGGUUUCGCCGGGCCAGACUGCCGCAUAAAUAUAAACGAGUGUCAGUCUUCUCCCUGCGCAAUUGGCUCUACCUGCGUAGAUGAAAUCAAUGGUUAUCGCUGCCUUUGUCCGCCUGGAAGAACAGGACCAGAGUGUCAAGAAGUCAUUGGGAGACCCUGUAUUGCUAACGGACAAGUAACUGCUGAUGGUGCCAAAUGGGAGGAAGACUGCAACGUUUGCCAGUGUCAAAAUGGAAAGAUUCAUUGCACCAUGAUGUGGUGUGGACCAAAAUCAUGUUGGGCAGGAAAGGCCAGAAGUGGGUGUCCUGCAGGCCAAUCCUGUGUUCCCAUCAAAGAAGAGCACUGCUUUGUCAAACCCUGUCCUAGUCUCCGAGAGUGUUGGCCCCCUGCACCCCCUCCACCCUCCAAAUGCCACGCCAGCUUCUCUUACCAGGACGACAGCUGUGCCAACAUCACGUUCACCUUUAACAAGGAGAACAUGCCUCAAGGCUUGAGUGUGGAGCAUGUUUGUAAUGAGCUGAGGCACUGGUACAUGCUGAAGAACCUGACGGAAGAGUAUGCUAUGUCCAUCACCUGUGAGCCAUCUUCUUCAGCCAGCAAUGAGAUUCACAUCAGCAUUUCCACAGAAGAGCCCAGGUCGGACAGGAAUCCUAUUAAAGAUAUUACGGGUCAAAUAUUCGACUUGGUGAGCAAGCACAAUGGUAACAGCACCAUCAUCAAAGCCAUCACCGGCGUACGAGCUCACCAGACACCAAGCCCCAACACUGACUACCUGGUUCCUCUGCUCAGCUCCAUCUUCAUCGUGCUCUGGAUCCUCGCCCUGACCUCAGCCUUCCUGUGGUGCAUUCACCGCCGGCGGAAACAGAACACCCACAGCAAUGCAACUACCUCAGCUACAGAGGACAAUACCACCAAUAACGUGCGUGAGCAGCUCAACCAAAUCAAGAACCCCAUCGAGAAACACGCGGCCCACGGCGUGACCAUAAAAGACUACGAGGGGAAGAACUCCAUCAUUGCCAAAAUUAGGACGCAUAACUCCGAGGUGGAGGAAGAGGAGAUGGACAAACACCUGCAGAAAGCGCACUUCACCAAGCAGCCGGCCUACACGCUGGUGGAGCGGGAGGAGCGCGCGCCCAACAAAAACCCAAACUGGACUAACAAACAGGACAACAGAGACUUGGAGACGGCACAGAGUUUAAACAGGAUGGAGUAUAUCGUAUAGCAGGCAGCUGUGUUGCCGUGCGACCGAACCCCUGUUGCA